CAACAUUAUACUGUUCAAGUUUGCGCAUGCGCCGAAUGGCGAUUUUACAGUGAUAAUUCUUUGAGUUUUCAUAUUUUCUAAAAUAAGAAAUUUUAUCAUAGUUAGUGUAACAACAAUGAUUUUGAGAUAAAUUGUAUAAAAGUGUUAUUAGUCGAAGUGUAGAACUGCAAAAAACGGAAAUAAUAUUAAAAAGUUUUCAUAAAAGAAGUGUUGUUGGUGUUAGUGUGGCAUGGGGAGAGACUGCACGCCCCUACGGGUGUGGUGACAUGGGCUGCUCGGCUUCUGAAGCCGUGCACCGGGAGUGAGCAGUGUGGGGCCGGGCUGGCACACAUCUAGUAUUAUGAACAAGCGCGAAGGCAACAAGGAGAAGGAACGUCAAAGUGACGAAAAAAGAACUUCCACGAACUGCGAGACUAGUUGUGACUCUUCAACAAUAAAUAGUGAACAAUCUUCUUUUGGCGCUACCGGCGCGGUGGGCGGGCGCGGCGUGGGCAGCAGCGCGAUGCAUCCGUCGCGGCACUCCGUCACCUCGUCGUCGGGCGUGUUGAUGGUCGGGCCCAACUUUCGCGUCGGCAAGAAGAUCGGCUGCGGGAACUUUGGGGAGCUCCGGCUGGGGAAAAAUCUGUACAACAAUGAACAUGUAGCGAUUAAGAUGGAGCCUAUGAAAUCCAAGGCUCCACAACUUCAUCUAGAGUACCGAUUUUACAAGUUACUCGGUACACAUGCCCCCUCGACAGCGGAAGGCAUCCCGGAGGUGUACUACUUCGGGCCGUGCGGCAAAUAUAACGCGCUGGUGAUGGAGCUUCUCGGGCCCUCGCUGGAGGAUCUCUUCGAUCUGUGCGGCCGGCGGUUCUCUUUAAAGACUGUGUUAAUGAUCGCUAUGCAGCUGUUACAUCGUAUCGAGUAUGUCCACACGAGACAUCUAAUAUACCGAGACGUGAAGCCGGAGAAUUUUUUAAUAGGUAGAACAGCAACUAAAAGGGAAAAAAUCAUCCACAUUAUUGAUUUUGGUUUGGCCAAAGAGUAUAUAGAUUUAGAGACAAACAAACAUAUCCCAUAUCGGGAGCAUAAGUCACUCACCGGGACCGCAAGAUACAUGUCAAUAAAUACACAUUUAGGAAAAGAACAAUCUAGACGCGACGACCUAGAGGCUCUGGGGCAUAUGUUUAUGUAUUUUUUACGUGGUUCCUUACCUUGGCAAGGUUUAAAAGCUGAUACACUCAAAGAAAGAUACCAAAAAAUUGGUGACACCAAGCGUGCGACGCCUAUUGAGGUGUUAUGCGAGGGCCACCCCGAGGAGCUGGCGACGUACCUGCGCUACGUGCGGCGGCUGGACUUCUUCGAGACGCCGGACUACGACCAGCUGCGCCGCAUGUUCCGCGACCUGUUCGAGCGGCGCGGCUACCAGGACGACGGCGAGUUCGACUGGACCGGCAAGACCAUGCCCUCCAACAUUCACGUGAUGCGCAUCUUGCGUAACGCGCCACCCUCCAAUGUCGUUAGAACUAAGUCGGACAAGUCGACGCCCGUGGGAUCCAUCCAGACCGGGCAUGAGAUCGUGGUCUCGCCGAACCGGGUGCACCAGCCCUUCCAUAAGGAUGAUUUGUGUGAUUAUAUGAUUGGUUUGGUGGAGGACGAUGAAGCGGCUCUCAUCCAGGGCACGGCGAAAGAGGCGGGCGCGGGCGGCGGGGGCGGCGCCGCCAACUCGGGCGGCAACUGGCCGCACAGCGGCAAGGCCACGCCGCUCACCGCCGGCCACCUCACGCCCGCCGACCGCCACGGCUCCGUGCAGCUGUUGAAGAAUAAGCAUUUUCGGUGGUGUCGUCGACGAACGGCGAGCUGGGCGCGGACGACCCCACGGCCGGCCACUCCAACACGCCCAUCACGGCGCCGCACCACGACCCCGACAACCAGGACGACACCAAGCAAUCCGUCUAUUCCAGAUGCUGCUGCUUCUUCAAACGCAAAAAGAAGAAGUGCGCCGCCCGCGCGGGCAAGUGACGCGCGCACCCCCACACACACACGCCCGCGCCGCACCCGUGCCCGUGCCCGCACGUGCACGCGCACGCGCACGUACACGCGCACGUGCACGCGCACGCGCGAGCCGCCGCCAGGCCCUCCGCCGGCCUCUCGCGCUUCUAGCCCCCGUUCACUGGCGGUGUGCCGCAUGACAUUUUUCUAUCUUUGAAACUUUGUUUUUAUUAGGUGAUGAAAAACUUACAGUCGGACCAAGCUAACUCUGCCUGGCAUUUUCAAUGACAAAGUGUGGUAUGUCAUCAUGAAUGUCAAGUUUCUAUGAAAACAUAACGUAUAUAAUGACUCUACCUCACUUUGUUUGAUUCAAAUCGAUGCAAAGUUAACUUAGACGGACUCUAGUAAAGUGUUUUAGGCUCUGCUAAUGAUGAACAAUAUAACGUAUUGACGCGAUUUGUCGAUUUGAAGUAAAUUUUAUCUCACAAUAUAGUUACUGUGAUAAUGCAUUAUAAAAAAAAAAAAAAAGUUACUGUAUUAUAUUAUUCGUCAUUAACUAAAGCGUAUUUCACAUUGAUUUUACAUCAAAUCUACACAGACACCCUGUACAAAGUGGUUAAUUCAAUAAAAUAAUCAAACAAUCAAAAUAACAGUUUCACCAGAUGAUGCUUGAAUUUCAAAACAUCCAGUCAAUUCUUAAUAAAAACAAUGAGGUCAUAAGGUAUGUGAAUACCAUCUUUUUAUACUCUUAUUAGAGUGAUUUUUUUUUAUCGACCACCUAGUGUUUUACAUAACUGGUGAACAAAUUCAGAGAUAGAAAAAUCAUAAAUGUGAAGCUUUACUGAUUGGCCUGUAGAGGACUAGUAUCGACCCCUCUGCACUACAGCAAAAGUGCUCCAAUUUAUUCUUCUGUGCCACUUCUAAAAAACCUAAAGACUUCGUUUAAAAGCAUUACACUUUGGUGCAUCAAAAGACCUGGUAGGAAUUUUAUUCGAAAUACAAAGUCAAUAUAGAACGCGGAAUAUCUUGACCGUGUCAUAAAUAUUAUUCGAUUUUCAAUCGUGACUGAUAUUAGUAGUCGAAGGAAGGAAGGGGGGAAGGGGUGGAUUGACUUGAGAAUAUAUCUUGGAACUGUAUGUUUUCCUAAUUGGUACUUAAGAAUAAUUUGGAAACUUUAAAUGCUGUAUGAAUGGAGGUACGAGCUUUUCGAUUCCUACGUUUUACUUGGGCUACCUUGAUAAAUACGAUAUCGAAACUAUCUUAGAAUCCGCAGCAAGCUCGGCCGAAUUUCAUCUUCCCAUAGAAACGGAGUUUCGUUCUCAUUUUAAAACUACGUAUUGUAUUGUAAUGAAACUUUGCACAAAUAAUGAUAUCUAUGCUUGUAAUUAGUUAAUAUGACUCCAGCUUGUAAAACAAACGAAAUAGAGCAAAACCAAGUUUUGUAUAAAAACCCAAAUUCGCUGUAUUUUUUAACUAUGGUAUCUGAAGGUACAUAAACUAAUUACAGGCCUAAAUAAUAAUGCCUGUAAUACUAUUAUUACAGGCAUUAUCUUACCCUAUUUCAAGUACAGUUUCGGAGGAAUCUAGCUAGUCGUUUUAAAAUGAGAGUGCAACUACGUUUGUAUGGAGAACUGAGCUUGCUGCGGUCUCUUAAACAGUACGAGAAACAAUAAUAUUUGAGAAACUAAUCAUUGCUGAUUACGAAUACACACACCAAAUUGGUAUUACAACCUAUGUAUAUGCAAAUAUUUCUUUGCAAUUAAAUAUGUAUAUGCGAAUAUUUCAAUGGCAUUAAAUAUGUAUAUGCGAAUAUUUCAAUGGCAUUAAAUAUGUAUAUGCAAAUUUUACAUUGGUUUGUAAGUAGUAUAUGUGUGCGUGUGUUGAAAAAUGUGAUGACUGAUUAUGUGGUUUCCUGAAAAAGAUACAAAGUGAUACAUAAGGUAGUUAGAUCAACAAUAUUAUCAAGAUGGUAGCUCGUAUUGUAAAAUGUUUAGUGGCUUAAUAGCAGAACAUUUUGAUUAACUCUGUACGUUUAAGGUCAACGGGGUCUAUCAACGUAUCGAAUGAAAAAUUUGGAAUAGUAUUCCAAUGUAGUGAAAUUUACAUCUAAUUCGUUAUUGUGUUAACAUUAUUUGCAUGCCCGUAUUUAUCUCUGGAUUGACAAUUAAACGGCCACGAUUUCGCGCGGCGGCGGCAAGAAGAGUCGCUAUGAGUGACGGUGAUGUCCGAUCACGACGUCUCACUCCUACACAUACAGCAGCAACUCAUACAGACUAGGUGUGCUUUACGUCUUUGUAAUAAGGGUUAGGAUGUAUAAGGCUGUGGACGACGUUAACAUCGGUGUUUCACUCAACGUAGCCGACGCGCGAUGUCGUGGCCUCGAAGUAUUUGUUUUGUUGGGACCACUCCCUUUCAGAAUCAUUGAGAUACUAUUUCAAGCGCCGGGAAUAAGAGUCAUAACUGUGCUCAUCGCCACAACCUAGCUUCUACCUUUACGAUUAAAAUCACAUGUAAAAUACUUAUAUAAAGAAUUUUAUGUAAAUUUAAUAAGGUUAUCGUCGCUCAGACACACACGUUCGCCAUUCAUUUAAAGCGACUUUAAAUCUCUGUUGUCAUUACUAUUGAAAUCUUUAUUAUAUUAAUAGUGUUUGUCGACAAAAGUGGCAUAAUUGUUAUUUGAAUCGAUACUCAGAUCGCGACCGUAGUUCACCGCCAUCAUUAGACGAUAAGAGUUCACGAGGCCGCGACGGCGGGGUGUGGUCGGCAGUUCAGUUUUGUGUUCCCGUCCGUAGCGAAUUAUGUUUCAUAUUUCCCUUUCUGGCGGCUGGCUCAUUAGCGACAAAGCGACUAGCUCCUCCAGUAUUCUUUCUCUCGAGAAACGUUCAAUAGUAGACCUUGUGUGAUUAGAAGAGAUAUUAUUAAUGAAUUGCUCAUUGUUUACAGAUUUAAUAGAAAUUAAGCUAAGAGUCAUGAUAAAACGCUCCGAGUCGCCUCGAGUGUACCUACUCGUGAUAAACAAAACGAAUUCGCUUGAAGCGUUUUUUGUUAGUCGAAGCUAAGAGUUAUCAAUGAAAAAAAAAAUGCUUGUCGCUUAUCGGUGAUGGGCAGUCGCCUCUCUAAGACGUGAGAUUUACUAUAAGUACCUCAUUUAUAUAACUUAGGUCCGCGUUGGUCCAUUCCAGCCUCCAUCAAAAUAGAUGUAACAGAAUAGCGUCGCUUGACGCAAUCGACGUCCCGAUUUCAUUACUUACGCUGUGUAUUGGAUUUUGUUACUUAGUAAAGCAUUACCAUAACAUAUGACUUACGUUAUGUCGUUCGGUUUGUGCGUUGAACGUUGCUCGUGGCGUUAUUCCAUACAGGUUGUGACUCGAGGCUCGGGAGCGCGCGACGCAUACACUGAAGCAUUCUAGGUUAGAAUUUUAUUUAGUCAUUUUGUAAACUAAGUUCACGUGCGAAACAAGUAUGGUUAUCAUAUUAUUUAAAUCGGCUCCGUUCCUAUAGAGGCCGCAUACUUUCCUAUCAUUAUUUAUGCUCGUAUUCUUUAAUUAUAGUUUUAAUAUAUGACGUAAUUUCAUGCAAUAAGUAAGAAAGUGUCAAAAGCUCUUCAGUAUGGAAGUAAUCGGUCGUUUUCGAUGGCAUCGCUAUUAACGUGCAAUAAUUUAUGUAAAGGUUCAUAACAGCGUGUAAAGGUUGUUCUCGGGCGUGCCCGACCCGGGUAGAGGAACCGAUCCCUACAAGACUGACUAACAUUUCACCUUCGUGUACAAACGCGGCUACGGGCAAGAGUCAAUUCACGUUUGCGAGCUUUCUUUUCAUAAUAGUUCUUAUGACUGUAUAUCAUUUUGAUUAGGAUAGUCGGCGACGCUUCUCGGAGCGCGGUCAUUCCAAUAGCACUUCUUGCUUACAUAGUGAGGCACGGCUGCACGCAGGAAUGUCGGCUUCCUGGCCACAGACGGAGUCAGGAUGCGAAGAGACUGAGUAGUCCGGGGGACGCGAGGAGGCGCCGAGGGCCGCGGCCGCGCGAGAUGUUAACUAACCAUUGGGCGCGAUUUGGUCAUCACUUUUUAUGUUAUUGUUAAAGUUUCAAAAAUACGUUACAUUUCGUUGGUCGUUAUGGUUUUGUAGUCUUCCUUGUGCUUAUGAAAAUAUUACAUUACAGUAUGGCUAAAUUCUACUGAAUGGUUACGCUCGCCGCGGCCGCUGCGUAGUCGGUGUAAAAAUUGUACAGCUUAGGAGGAAAUACAUUUGUAUAUUUUUGCUUGGUCAGGGCGCGGCAAGUAUUAUCGACAACGCGUGAGCGUAGGAGUAAGGUUUUGUGGACGGCAAUAUGUCGGCUUCGGAACCUGGAGGUGGCGCAUUGCCGUCUGUAACGAGUAAUGGAUUAGUCACAGAUGUAGUCAUCACAAAUGUGUAUUCCCGCAUUAGAAGUUAUUCGUUUUUGGCUAAGUAUAUUUGAAGUGAUUUAACAUUAAAAACAUCUUGUUGUGUCGAUUUCAUAUUUUUAGAAAAAGUAUAGAUAAUGCGAUUAUUGUCGAAAAUUGUAAAUGUAAAAGUUUUUUUUUUUAAUUCUUCAAUCAUGUUUUUUUUUAAUGAAUUAUUGUGAACAAAAUGAAGUAUUUUCCUCGUUAAAUGUUCGUUAACUCGUAUUGUACAAGGCAAUAUUAUAAUGGAGUGUAAUUAAACCAUGUAUAUCUAAACAUGAUCGUAAAUACCAUAGUUGUACCUAAUUGUUACUUUCUAUUUGCUAGAUAGUAUAAUCAAAUUAGAUUGGGUAUUAAAAUGUAAAGUGUUUUGUAACCCGCGAACAAAUAAAUCUGCGCGUCUACGCAAUAAUACAUUUCGAGUCUGUUCGUAACGCAAAUGCUGUCGAUGGCGAUAUACGUUAGGAUAAUUUACUGGUACUUGCUGCUCAUGAUAUUUUAUACAAUAUGGCGUUUUAUGUUCGGGUCAUUUACACUUGGCCUAGUCCUUCAAUAAUUUAGACGCCGGUUAUCAGGUGUCAACUUGGUGCUCAGAAAUCCGGCGUUAAAUAGACAUUUAAGACCAAGUGUAGAUAACGUGAUCAAACACGCAGAGCUAUCGUCAGUUUGCGUUAAAACUUAACAAAAUAACCACAAUGUUAUAAAGCACCUUUCAUUUCCUACAUCGCAUAGUUACACUAUGUAAAACCGAACAAUUUGAUAUGUGAAAGUUGCACCAAAAAUGUAUUUGUACGUGGUCGGAGCCCGCCCGGUAGGCUGGAGUGUAGUUAAUUUAAAUUAUAAUUUAACGUUCGCUUACCUAAAGUAAGUCAUGUUCGAUCGGUCUGCGGACGCACGAUGAAGAUUUUUAAGCUAUAGUUAUAACUUUAUGUAUUAUAAUACAUGAUGCUUUUGAAACUGAAUUGAAUUCUUAUUGUAAGUAUAAAAUAAAUAUUAAUAUUCAUAGAAACAGUUCUCAGUGUUUAUUUUUCUGUAAGAUGUAUGGUAAAAAUUUGCAUACGCAAUUUGACUUGUAUUCAGUUAAGGUCACAACCUGUUCAAAAAUACGAAAAUAUUUGUUAACUCAUAAUUAAAUAAAGCUUAUUAUAA